AUGGAGAGAAUUGGACCUUUGAAGGAUAAGAAAAAAUUAAUAAAAGAAGCUUUCCAGUUGCAUUCUCAAAUCAAAAGUGAGAUACAACGAUCUCGUUCUGAUUCAGAAGUCGCAUUUGAGAAAUUAACAGAAAUCUGUCCCAUAAUCGAUUGGAAUCUUUUAUUUAAAAGUGUAUUCCGUGAAAUCAACUAUGAAUCAUACAAGAAUAUGAAAAUUAUUGCCUAUGAUUCAAACACUUUGAAGAAGGUUUGUGAUAUACACAAGUUGGCUAUGGAAACAGAUAAAGGAAGAAAAACUUUACAUUCGAUGACAGUGAUCAGUUUCUUGUUCAACAUGAAAAAUAUAUUGAACCGGUAUUUCAAUGAGUUUUAUUCUCCUAAUGUUCAAAUGUCAGCGGAAAAGCCAACAACUUGCAUUGAUGAAGUAAAAGAAAAUUUCCGAUGGACAAUAGAAAAACAUCACAAAUAUUCUAGUAUAAGUGAAAGUACAGAAAAUCAAGUUCUCGAAAUGUUCAAACAAUUGAAAACGACCGUGACUCAUUCAUUGUCAUCAAAGUCAUGGUCGAGUGAAGAUGAAAAGCAGAAAUCUAUCAACUUGGCUAAUGCUUAUCAGUUGUCCAUAAUAACUUCGAAAAGUUUGUCCGCAGCAGAUAGAGAGAGCCGAGAUUUCAUAUUCAAUAAUGAAAUAUCCGAGGAUGAUUACUUAAUGAAUGUCUACUAUUCUCAGAAGACCAAGUUCCUUAAAUCAAUUUACAAACCACUGGAUACUGACAUGGAACCUGACGCUUCUAGUUUUAUGCCGUACAUAUCUAGUUCGGUUGAAAACAAACUUAUUAAGAUAUCUGCCGGUCUAUUAAACCCACCAUAUCUCGAAGAAGGAUAUUCAAUGUCUGAAAAAUAUGGGACUAUCGGUUGGCUUAUUGGUCGCCAGCUUAUGAAUGAAGUAAAUAAUAACAAGGGAGCAUAUACACAUGAAACUUCUCAGUUCUCCUGUAUAUCAACAAAUGCAAACAUUUUUGAGGCUCAACUAUGUUGCUUGCAGAAACAAGACGAAUUCAAAGGAUACAACGAGAAGGCAUACACGGGUCAUGAAGAUUUCAAUGAAAAGAAGUCGUUUUACACAUCGUUUGCAAAAGUACUUGAAAUAUUUGAUCAAUUAAAGAUCACUUUGAUCCAAUUAUUAUCAUCCAAUUCAUGGUUCAAUGAAAACAAUAAAGGCACUAUUGAUCAGGUUAAAAAUAUUAGUUUAUCAAUAAUUUCAUCGGAAUCAUUGAAUGUGGAGGAAAGAGAGAACAAAGAUUUUAUAUUCAAUCUGGCAGCACCUCAAAUGUUAUUCACACUUGCCGCAUAUGCAUACAAAUCAACCAUAACUAUCAUGUUAUGCAUGAUUCAAGCUAUAAAACGCAUUCAAGCGAAAACUAUUAUUCCUGAUAUACUGUUUGUUUCUGGUGACGAUCAGAUAAAUGAACCAGAACAAUCCCAGUUCAUAUGUGAAGCAACAGAUCUAGAAUCAUUUGAAUCACAACUAUGUUGUUUACAAAAACAAAACAGUUUCCGAAUGUUUGGAAAAAAGAUUUCUUCUGGUUCACUGGAAGCUUUUGAUGCUGUUGCUUCUAGCGCGAUCGAUUGGAAUCUUUUAUUUGAAAGUGUAUUCCGUGAAAUCAACUAUGAAUCAUACAAGAAUAUGAAAAUUAUUGCCUAUGAUUCAAACACUUUGAAGAAGGUUUGUGAUAUACACAAGUUGGCUAUGGAAACAGAUAAAGGAAGAAAAACUUUACAUUCGAUGACAGUGAUCAGUUUCUUGUUCAACAUGAAAAAUAUAUUGAACCGGUAUUUCAAUGAGUUUUAUUCUCCUAAUGUUCAAAUGUCAGCGGAAAAGCCAACAACUUGCAUUGAUGAAGUAAAAGAAAAUUUCCGAUGGACAAUAGAAAAACAUCACAAAUAUUCUAGUAUAAGUGAAAGUACAGAAAAUCAAGUUCUCGAAAUGUUCAAACAAUUGAAAACGACCGUGACUCAUUCAUUGUCAUCAAAGUCAUGGUCGAGUGAAGAUGAAAAGCAGAAAUCUAUCAACUUGGCUAAUGCUUAUCAGUUGUCCAUAAUAACUUCUAAAAGUUUGUCCGCAGCAGAUAGAGAGAGCCGAGAUUUCAUAUUCAAUAAUGAAAUAUCCGAGGAUGAUUACUUAAUGAAUGCCUAUUAUUCUCAGAAGACGAAGUUACUUAAAUCAAUUUACAAACCACUGGAUACUGACAUGGAACCUGACGCUUCUAGUUUUAUGCCGUACAUAUCUAGUUCGGUUGAAAACAAACUUAUUAAGAUAUCUGCCGGUCUAUUAAACCCACCAUAUCUCGAAGAAGGAUAUUCAAUGUCUGAAAAAUAUGGGACUAUCGGUUGGCUUAUUGGUCGCCAGCUUAUGAAUGAAGUAAAUAAUAACAAGGGAGCAUAUACACAUGAAACUUCUCAGUUCUCCUGUAUAUCAACAAAUGCAAACAUUUUUGAGGCUCAACUAUGUUGCUUGCAGAAACAAGACGAAUUCAAAGGAUACAACGAGAAGAAUUUGAGAUCUUUGUCAGCUGAUAUUAAUGGUCUCAUGCUAUCCAUUAAAGCAUACACGGGUCAUGGAGAUUUGAAUGAAAAUCACUCGUUUUACACAUCGUUUGCAAAAAUGAUGUGUACUAGCUACUCCACAGAUGUCAUUCAUACCAAAUUACUGUCUCCCGACUCCGACUAUGAAUUCAGUGUGAAUGACCUUCUGAAACACAGUCAGGAAUUCGCCACUACACACCAAUGUCCAUCUGGUUCAAAAAUGAAUCCUGAGAAUAAAUGUGUUCUUUAG